CAGACGUAGCAUUAGCCGCGGCUAGCAUAGUAAAUGUUUAUGCGACAGUACAAACAGUACAGUAUUUUUGUGUGUAUCUUAUAAUGUUGUCACUUUCAGUCGUAUAAUCAUGAAAAACGAGGUGGAAGAGACGCCAAAAUUUUAUGUGUGUAACUGUUUCACCACUGAUAAUAUUUUUGUGGAGGACUACAAGCUCCAUGUUCGUUAUGUGUCGGAGCAGCAGUUCAGACUGGACUAUGAAACAGUGCUCAGGAGGCUUGGCUGUUUGACAGAUCAGCAGUUUGAGGACGUCCACAAUAAGAUUUGUCAGGAAGUGGCCAGACGGAGGCGUUUAGGUGUGACGUCUGCAGAGCGAGCUGCUGUUAUCAAAGACACUUACCAGCCUCUCCAUCCUCACGUCUACCAUCUGCAGGAAUCCCACCUCGCUCCAGAGUUCAAGCAGAUGGUGGAGUACUGUCGAAGCAGCGGUGCCAGCGCAGAAGGUCUCCUUGAACUUUUGGAGGAAGAGGCAGCUCCGAGGGUGUAUCGAUUCCCUGUGUUUGAGAAAAGUUUUUGUGAGGAACUGCUGGAGGAGCUGGAGCACUUCGAGCAGUCGUCAGCCCCCAAAGGAAGACCCAACACCAUGAACCACUAUGGGAUCCUCCUGAAUGAACUGGGCUUCGAUGAGGACUUCAUUACACCCCUCCGUGAGCAGUAUUUACACCCGGUCACGUCCUUGCUCUAUCCAGACUGCGGGGGGCGCUGUCUGAACAGCCAAAAGGCCUUUGUGGUCAAAUAUGACAUGAAUGAAGACCUGGAUCUGAGCUACCACUACGACAACGCAGAGGUCACGCUCAACGUAUCCCUCGGGAAGGACUUCACAGACGGAAACCUAUAUUUUGGAGACAUGAGACAGGUGCCUUUAAGUGAAUCAGAGUGUACCGAGGUAGAACACAGGGUGACCGAGGGCCUCCUCCACCGGGGCCAGCACAUGCACGGGGCCCUACCCAUCUCCUCCGGUCAACGCUGGAACCUCAUCAUUUGGAUGAGAGCCUCACAAGAACGCAACAAACUCUGUCCCAUGUGCAACCAGAGGCCGUCGCUUGUAGAAGGGGAAGGAUUCGCCGAUGGGUUCACCAAGGAAUCCGCCUCUCUGCUGAACAGUUUGUGUGUAUUGACGUGACAUCCUAAGAAGUGGAUUCACACUCUGGGACUCCCUUUGGUUGUAUGUAAAAGUGCAUAGACGCAGACACCCUCCCAUAGAAGCUGCAAGAAUAAAUUAGCUAGAUAAUUUGUUCAAAAUAAUAGGGAAUUUGAAUGUGUUCCAAAUUGGAAUAAUGAUUAUUUAUUAUCUUUACUAUCGAUUAUGUAAUAUACUGUACUUACAGCUCUGGAAAAAAAUAAGACACCACUGCAAAAUGAUCACUUUCUCUGAUUUGACCAUUUAUAGGUAUGUGUUUGAGUAAAAUGAACAUUUUUGUUUUAUUCUGUAAACUACCGACAACACUUCUACCAAAUUUCAAAUAAAAAUAUUGUUAUUUAGAGCGUGUAUUUGCAGAACAUGACACAUGGUCAAAAAAACAAAAAGAUGCAGUUUUCAGGCCUCAAAUAAUGCAAAGAAAACCAGUUCAUAUUCAUUUCUAAACAACACAAUACUAAUGCUGUAACUUGGGAAAAGUUCAGACAUCACUAUUUGUUGGAAUAAAUUCAAAUUCAAGAAACUCAGGAAUGUUCAAUAGCUUCUGACCAUCCAUUUUUCUCUUGAUUAUAUUCCACAAGUUUUCAAAGUGGGUUCAGGUCUGGAGAUUGGGCUGGCCAUGACAGGGUUUUCAUCUGGUGGUCCGUCAUCCAUGCCUUUACCGACCUACCGACGAGUCCAGGAGGAUUAUCCUGAUAGAAAAACCAGUCCUCAGAGUUUGGGAACAUUGUCAGAGCAGUAGUCCAGUCGUAUUCAAUAGUUAUUUUUGGAUUCCAAUUACUUUU